AUGGAAGGCCUUAAAUUUCUGACACCUGAUUUAUUUUCGGUGGUUGCUAAUUCUGCAAAUGCUCAUAGUACUGUUUGUCUACAGAAAGGUUUGGUCCUCAUAUUCCGCGGAUAUUACUUCUAUCUCGAGCGGCACCCGGAACCCAUUUAUAGCUCACUUACGGACUCCGUCAUUUCGCUGGUCACGUCUAUAGAAAAGUGGGUGAUUUUGGCUUCCUGGUUGAUCCUCGGACUGUACUUACACGACAAGCGAUUGAUUGUCUCAGUGGGUGAAACGAUCCGAAAUCGGUGGAUGGACAAAUUGGAGCACUUGGAGGAAUGCUUGAUUGAACGGGAUGAUUUAUGUGCGAACGCAUUCGGGAAGCUUCAUGUCGGUCUGAACGAGAUCCGCAUGGUUGUUGAUUCGAUCACCAGACAUACCGAUGCAAGCAGCUAUUUGGAUGCACUAAAUGGCUCUUUUUCCGAGCCUUUUGAGAUUAUAUCUCGAUGCCAAGAUCUUUUUGACGGUGAACCCAUCAUUCAGUUAGAUGAAAAGCUCCAUGAAUUGAAAGAAUUGCACACUGAUUGGUUGAAACUGAUAAGCGUGCUCUCACUUUUCCAUCCCGAGGAAGAUAAAUGGAAUGAGGCUGAAAAUCGAGCCACCAGUGAGAUUAACCAGCGAAUCCGAUGUCUUUUGAAUUCCGCACGCAUUCGCGUACACGGAGAAAAUGGAAUCGCUCAAAUCAUCAAUGUGUUGAAGAACGAAAUCGAGCUUUGGGUGCAAAAAGGACAGCAACUUGUGGACUGUAGAAACGUCCUGAUGAAAAGCAAACAAGCCGCGUCCUUACAACAGACUUCUUCACCCGACAUGGGGCUAAACGUUGAACAGCUGUUUCGCAUGUUGGAGUUUGAUAUCGAACCACUUCGUGCCAGUCUCAAUACCUGGGAUAUGUUGACAAACCAAGCCAUCAAUGCCAUCGGAUUGACGGAGAAAAACGACAGCGCAGGCGGACUAUCGGCAAGACAAAGCAUUCAACAGUCUGUAAAGAUAUCCACUUCGGGGCUUGUAGAUCAUGAACAACAGUCAAACGUUGUGUUGGAUGAAACACUUGAGAUCAAUUCCUUGUGUUGCACAAGUUAUAACCGACAAUGCUCAUCUGUGAAGAAAGACCCUGGGGAAGAAUGGUCAAGCUGUCCGACACAUGUCCUCUUGUGGCUGAAUCGUAUGGAGAAAAGUGUUCCGGCGACCUACGACAGGCGACUAGACGAGGUGAACUUGAUCGCAGAGCGACUUGUGGAAGACCUGGUUAACUUUAUCUGUCCCGAUGCAAGUCACCGUUCACAACCGAACUCGGGCCAUCCGGCCAAAGAGGCAGCUACUCAUGAUCGAGAAAUUUCAGGUCGUCCUUGUUCUAUGCUUACGAACAGGCUCAUUAAAGGUCUCUGGACCAAACUGUCCAAUGAUCGAAUCGAAGGUUACGAAUCUAUCGCUCUCAGUGAGCAGCGCAUCAACUACUUUCAGUUUUUGGCACAAAAGAUAUGUGAAUAUGCACAAAUUUUCGGAUCCAACGGAAGCAUAUCUCUGGAUCAGUUGAAAAAAAUAAUUGUCAACUUUAUGGUCUCCAGAAAUUUGGCACAAAUGAUGAAUGAGCGGCGAGGUAUUCCGGACAAGUUGACGGUGUUACGUUAUCUACAAAGUACUGAUCAAACCAUUCGAGAAACUUCAGUCUUGGAUGCAUCAGACGGCGGUCCGUUUCAUAGCAAACCUGUAGAGCAAGGUGUUGAGCUACCUUCAGAUUUGCCUCAAACUGCCAUGGCAUAUGCUGGAGUGCAAGAACUUGAACAAGUGCGAAAAAACUUGAAUACUGAUGAAAUUAGAGCCUGUGAAGCUGAAGAAAAUGCUCUGAUAGAAGAAAAAGCGUUGUAUGCCGAACUGGAUCGUACGAAAACACUACGUGAGCAAAUUCAGACUAAGAGUGAAAUUUUAAACCGCAUCAAGUUGCUGAAGGAAGAAACCGCUACGGCUUUAGAAGAUCCAUAA